UGUGAACAGAAGGUCUUUGAUUUCCAGGAUGCCUGGGAAGUGGAUUUCUGCUCUGCUCCUGCUGCAGAUGAGUUGCUGCUUUAGAUCUACAAGCUGUGGGAAGGUGUUGGUGUGGCCGAUGGAGUUCAGUCACUGGAUAAAUUUAAAGAUAAUACUGGAUGAGCUUGUGCAGAGGAGCCAUGAAGUCACUGUUCUGAGACCUUCAGCUUCCAUUUUUGUUGAUCCCAAAAAAUCGCCUGGUAUUAAGUUUGAAACUUUUCUUACAACUCUCAGUAAAGAUGAUCUGGAAACUUAUUUCACUAAGUUUGUUGAUGUAUGGACUUUUGAGAUCCCUAGAGAUUCAUGCUUAUCAUAUUCUUUACUUCAAAAAUUGUUUAAUGAAUACUCUGAUAUUUAUCUAAGUUUUUGUAAGGAUGUUGUUUCAAACAAACAGCUCAUGACAAAACUCCAGGAAUCCAAGUUUGAAGUUCUUUUAUCAGAUCCCAUUAUUCCCUGUGGGGAGCUUAUAGCCGAACUGCUCCACAUUCCUUUUCUGUACAGUCUUCGCUUCUCUCCUGGAAACACAAUGGAAAAGUACAGUGGAGGACUUAUACUCCCUCCCUCUUACGUGCCUGUAAUUCUAUCAGGAUUAGGUGGCCAAAUGACAUUCAGAGAGAGGGUAAAAAAUAUGAUAUGCAUGCUUUAUUUUAACUUUUGGUUCCGGACAUUUAAGGAGAAGGAAUGGGAUCAGUUUUACAGCAAAAUUUUGGGAAGGCCAACGACCUUAGCUGAGACAAUGGGCAAAGCAGAAAUGUGGUUCAUCAGAUCCUACUGGGAUUUGGAAUUUUCUCACCCAACCUUACCAAAUGUUGAGUAUGUUGGAGGACUCCACUGCAAACCUGCUAAACCCUUGCCUAAGGAAAUGGAAGACUUUGUCCAGAGCUCUGGAGAGCAUGGUGUGGUGGUGUUUUCUCUUGGCUCAAUGGUCAGAAACAUGACAGAAGAGAAGGCCAAUGGAAUUGCAUGGGUCCUUGCCCAGAUUCCACAAAAGGUUCUUUGGCGAUUUGAUGGCAAAAAACCAGCUUCCUUAGGACCUAAUACCAGAAUCUACAAGUGGCUCCCCCAGAACGACCUUCUUGGUCAUCCAAAAACCAAAGCCUUUGUCACUCAUGGUGGAGCAAAUGGCCUCUAUGAGGCAAUCCAUCAUGGAAUCCCUAUGAUUGGCAUUCCUUUGUUUGGAGAACAACAUGAUAACAUUGCCCAGAUGGUAGCCAAAGGUGCAGCUGUUGCAUUAAACAUCAGAACAAUGUCAAGGUCAGAUUUGCUCAAUGCACUGGAAGAAGUCAUUGACAAUCCUUUAUAUAAAGAGAAUGCUAUGUGGUUGUCAACCAUUCACCAUGAGCAGCCUAUAAAGCCCCUGAACAAGAUUAUCUUCUGGAUUGAGUUUGUCAUGCGCCACAAAGGAGCCAAGCACCUGAGACCACUUGCACACAACCUCACCUGGUUCCAGUACCAUUCUCUGGAUGUGAUUGGAUUCCUACUAGUCUGUGUGGCAGCAAUUGUAGUCCUUACUGUAAAGUGCUUCCUGUUUGUUUACCGAUUCUUUGGAAAGAAGGGAAAGAAAAUGAAGAAUGAGUAGAGCUCAUUGACAAUGCAUGAGUGAAAUUUCAGCAUCAUUACAAUGUAUAAACCACCUUCUAACCACUCACUGAUUACUUUAUCAAGGCAAAUCUUCUUGGUAAUUUUGUACCAUGAAAAUGUAUACAUAUAUACAUAUAUGUGUGUAUAUAUGUGUGUUUACUGAAAAUUAAUCAAAGAAUUAAAUCAUUUAUUUUAAUAUUUAAACAAUUGAGUAUAAAAUGAUUCACAUGCAUAGAAAAUAUGGAAAAUGAGUAUAUACUUGACAAAGUCAUAAAAAUCAAAAUAUUGCUGCACCUCUACCCAGAGCAGAUCUGCCCACCUGCUCCCCUUCCACAUUCUACAGCCUGCCUG